AAGCACGCGACCAGCGUCAGAUAAACACAACGUAGAAGCAGCGGUCAGAGGUGAAAGGUGAAUUUUAGUGAAAACAUGGUGGAACACGGGGAUAUCCGCGUGGUUCACAGAGGUGGCAGUAAAAUAAACUUCAGGCAGCCUGUCAUCACUAAUGACUCCAGGUUCCUGCUGUGCGUCUCAGGCGAGUGUGUGAAGGUGUUCAGCACCUCCACGGAGGAGUGUAUCCACGACCUGCGAGGACACACCGAUCUGGUGACAGGUGUGCUGCUCAAACCCUCCAACCACCUGCAGGCAUACUCUUGCUCAACAGAUGGCACUGUCAGACUUUGGGACUUCACAGAUGGCAUCCUUAUUAAGACUUACGUCAUCGGAUACCCGAUUUACUCCAUGCAUACAUCUGCAGACCAUGAAGGAGUCGUGUUUAUCGUCACUCCCAUGCUUAGUGACAAAAGAUCUGAGUUGUUCCAGCUGGUUGCAGUACAUUUGCCACAGAGCGGAGAUCAGCUGGUGGAGGUCCGAGAGCUUUCCGCUGUGCUCAGCGACGUCAGCUCCAACCCAGCGGCCAUCUUCUUUGGCAGAGGGGGCGAAUAUAUUGCUUCAGUUAAAGGUCUGCAGCUGGAAGUGUUUUUCUUCAAGAAGCAGAAGGCCUACAGGUUUUUCCUGAAAGAAGACAACAAGAAGGGAGGCAAAAACACCUUCACGUGUGUCGCCUGUCACCCAAACGACGACUGCAUUGCCACUGGACACGAAGAUGGCAAGAUUCGCUUGUGGAGAAACUUCAACCACAAGAGGGAAUACACAUACUCCACCCUGCACUGGCACCACAGUGCUGUCAGCUCACUGUGCUUCACCCCAGAAGGCACCAACCUGCUGAGCGGAGGCAUAGAGUCGGUGCUCGUCCAGUGGCGCUACAAGCAAGAGAGCCAGCGGGACUUCCUGCCUCGCCUGGGAGCUGCCAUCACACACAUUGCCGUCUCGCCCGAUGGAGCGCUGUUCUGCACCUCGCACGGCGACAACAAGAUCACAAUCAUCCAGAGCUGCGUGAAAGUGUCGGCUGUCAUUCAAGGCCUGGUCAAAGGAGAAAGCGUCCGGACGGACUUGUUGGUGGACCCACGCAGUAAAUCUCUGGUGCUGAAUGGGAAACCGGGCCACUUGCAGUUUUACUCCCUCCAAAGAGACAAACUGCUGUACAACCUGGACAUCGUGCAGCAGGAGUACAUUCACGAGUCGGGCCUGCAGCAGUUUGAGGUGGUCAAAGCGGCCUUUGACGCCUCUGGCAACUGGCUGGCAACAGUGGAAGAAAGAAAGCAGAAAGCCGCUGAGCUGGAGCUCAACUUGAAACUAUGGGCAUUUGAUGAACAAACGCAGAGUUUUGUGCUGAACACGACCAUCUCGGCCCCCCACGAAGCCCAGAUUACAGCCAUGUGCUUCUGCCAGGCCACUGACAGCCAGACCACCGUGCUGGUCUCCACCAGCAAGGACGGGCACUUCAAAGCCUGGCAGCUGGUCUCACAGGCCCACACAGGGGAAGACGAAGGUCCUUCCUGGUCGUGUGAUUUCGUCGGAGCCUAUCACGGCCUGGUGCCCGAGUGCUGCUGUUUCUCAGCCGACGGCUCUCUGCUGGCCGUCGGCUUCCAGGAGGUGGUGACCGUGUGGAGUCCGGCCUCCUGGGAGCUCCUGACUACUCUGUCCCAGCCGCCGAAAGCCAUCAGGGAUCUUUGUUUUGGCCGACUUAGCUGUUCCAAGUAUCUGCUGGGAACCACGGCCAAUAACCUGCUCUGCUGCUGGAACCUGCUCACCUGCUCAUUGGAGUGGAGCACCUCGAUGGACGUCAGCCUGCUGCUCGCUGACCCCCUCUCUGAGAACAUGGCCGCCUUCUGCUGUCAGGCCGGAAGCACCAACCUGUUUGUGUUUAAGCCCAGCGAACCUCGGCCGCUGUUUUCCCAUAAGGCCGUGUGCUCGGGGAAGGUGACUCGUGCCGUCUUUGCCCCGAGGGAGGAUAUGCUGGAGAGCUGCGAGGAGAGCAGCCAGUGGCUCAACCGCUGCCAGCUCUACUUCCUGUCUCAGUACAUGGACCUCAUGACAUUCACCACCAAGGCGGAGGAGGACAGACUGAUGGCGUCCAGCAAACAGCUUGUGAUCGAUGACAGCGUCGCCGUGACGCCGUUCUACCUGUUGCUUGGGAAACACCGUCGACAGCAACAGGACAGCGAGGACGAACGGAAGAGCGUGUCUGCUGAGAGGACGCCGCUGCCACAGGGCUCUGCUGCCGUCAGAGAGCUUCUGCAGACGCCGGCCCACGUCCUGCCCUCCACGUCUUUCCUCUGCUCCAUGUUUGUGCAGUCUUUGCUCAUCUCCGUUACAGACAGCAGCCCCGAGGAGGAAAUCAGACACGCAGAUGAGGAAAUGGAGAGCGAGAAAGGGGAAGAGGAUUCAGAGGAGGAAACUGAAUCCAGUACCACAAGACCGGAGCAGGCGUCCAUGGGAAGUCAGGCACCAGAGUGUCCAGCGCCGACUCUCACAAAGGCUGAGCUUAGAGAACUGAGGAGGGUGAAGAAACUUGACCACAGCUGGCUCGCAGGCCUCCUGGACUCUUCCACAUGACCUUGAACAAAGACACUCACUCACUCACUCAGAAACAGUGCCCACAGAGGGUUUUCAUCAGUGGAUUUUUAAAAAAAGAAUUACUUUACGCCAUGUGGCUUUCUUCUAGAAGAAAGAAAAACAGUGUCAAAGUGAAAACAAAGCUCUAUGCAAAUACAAAACAGAAAAUACUUGAUUGCAAGUAUCCGCCCAGCAACCGCAGCCUUGAGUCAGUGUUGACAAGUUUCCAUCAGUUUGGAGUCUGACUUGGUUUCAGGUCUGGAGUCUGACGUGGCCACUCCUGAAUAUUAACGUGUUUCUAAGCCGUUCCUGCGUCACUUUGGCUGUGUGUUUAUGGUUGUAAAAUCAAUAAAUAAAUGUUUUCCCAGUCACACUUCUCCUGCAAACUGCAGCAGGCUUUUCUUCAGGGUUUCUCCGUGUUUGGCUGCAGUUCUGGGAGUCUGUAUUACCAAAUUUACAGCAUGCGAGCUGUGAUUUUCAUUAGGAGAUAGUUUUCUCUUUCUCUGCUGGCGACACCAGUCCAGCUCUGGUGUUCAUUCUGAAGAAAACAGAUGAGGCAACAUUUGAAUUAAACGCUUGAAAAAUGCUUCAGCAGUUUUUAAGCCACAAUCCUGAGCAAAAUUUUUACUCGUGACCUUCACAAGAUUUUCUCCCAUCCGACCCCACAGUGCUCGUCAGGACGAUGCCACCGUGUUUUACACCAAACAUUAUAAUUUAGAUUGACUGUGAACAAGCUCAACUUUGGAUUCAGAGUUACAACAUGAAAAGGUGUGAGGUGAAAACCUUCUACAGGAACUGUAUUUAUGCACAUGUGUGCAAUUUGACAUUUUUAUACACUCUGAAAUGUAAUAAUAAAGAUAGAAGUCUUUCUUUGAA